AUGCUGCCAUCAAUUAGAAAUCGCGCGGUUAGAGUCAAACAAUAUAAACGUAUUUUGCAUCAAAAUUUACGAAAAAUUACACAAACCAUUUCAUCUGCCACUCCUAUUCGUCCCAAAGAUUCUUUUGGACAUAUAUCAAUAAAAGGAUUUUCAUCAGUAAUUGUUUAUAAUCGAGUGCCUAAAUGUGCAAGUGAAACAAUUCGCCUUGUAUUUCGUGAACAAUCAGAUAUUCAAAAGUUUAAUAUUAUUAAUAGUGCUAUAUAUGCGCCGUUUGAUUAUAAUACAGAAGAACAACAAAAAAUUGUCAACGAAGUUUAUAAUACGACACAACCCAUAUUAUAUGAAAGACACAUGUAUUUUAUUAAUUUUUCGUUAUUUGAAAAACCACAACCAAUUUAUAUUAAUGUUGUACGCGAUCCAUUAGAACGUUCUAUUUCUGCUUUUUAUUUUACACGAACAACAUGUAGACUAGAAAAUCGUUGUUAUUUAAAUUUAGAUUAUUUAAAUGAUACAUUAGAUGAUUGUAUAAAUAUAAGGCAUAAGUUAAAUCCAGAGGAAUGUUUAUCAAGUCAACAUGGUGUUAGUCAUAUGAUACCAUUUUUUUGUGGGCAAGAUCCUAAAUGUCAGUUAAUAAAUGAUUGGUCUUUACAGCAAGCAAAAACAAAUAUUAUGCGCCAUUAUACAAUCGUUGGUGUUACUGAGCAACUUUAUGACUUUUUCUUUGUAUUAGGUAUGAUUACAAUAUUGAUAUCAUCAAACUAUACAAUCUAA